GCGUCAUCUCGCUUGCCGUGGGAGAGAUCGUCUCUCGUUUUUAGCGGUGUUUGCGGAAGUUAACUGAAAGUGAUGAAAAUGGAACCGCAGCCUAAAGUUUCUCAGAAUGGUGACAAUGGGAAUGGGUCACCCCAGUUGAAAAAAAUGAUUGACCCUGUUGCAGGACUGUCAAAAGAUGGAAUUACUAUGACACCUCCAAUCAAUCACUCUCCAAUCCCCAGACAAGAUUCCCUCCCAAUGUCACCACAGCAACCGAUGUCUCCAGACCCAGUCCAUGAUCUCCCAGAAGAGCUGCUCCUGGCUGGAUGGAGAAAGUUCUGGAGCAAACGAGAGCAACGGCCAUAUUUUUUCAACAAAAACACCAAUGAAUCCCUGUGGGAUCAGCCCCCUCCCAUUGGUGGGCAACAGCCAGACUUACUGACCGACCCACUAGGGAUAGGAUCUGCACCCUCACAUGUUGCAGGGGAUGUACGACUUACAAGACCCAGUAUAGAAAUACCGCCAGCACAAGUUGGGGAGAAGCGACGGUCUAGUACAGAAAUGGGGCCACUCAGUCCAUCAAAGAGACCAGCAUUUGCUUACAGUCCGUUCUGGAAUUUCGAUGUACCCACCAAUGCUGUUAUAUUUGAACGUGCCCCUCCUGUUCUUCCUCCUCCACAUCCGGACAUGGAGAUUCUGCGAGCUCAGAUGAUUGCUCGACUUCGGACACACUACCAGGAACUUUGUCAAGCCAGAGAAGGGAUACAUGCACCUACAGAGUCGUUCAAUAGGUGGCUGUUGGAGAGAAAGGUCCUUGACAAGGGCUCUGACCCAUUCUUGCCAUCUGUGUGUUCACCGGAGAUAUCACAAUCUAUGUACAGAGAAAUUAUGAAUGACAUACCUGUGAAGCUCAUCAAACCUAAGUAUUCUGGUGAUGCUAAAAAGCAGCUAUUCAAAUAUGCUGAAUCAGCGAAGAAAAUGAUCGAAACCAGGAGUGCAUCUUCAGAAAGUCGGAAGAUUGUCAAGUGGAAUGUCGAGGACACUUUUACCUGGCUAAGAAAACAACAGAAUGCAAGUUAUGAGGAUUUCUUGGAACGACUGGCCCACCUCAAACGACAGUGUCAACCCCAUCUUACUGAGACAGCCAAGGGAUCUGUGGAGGGCAUCUGUAGUAAGAUCUUCAACAUGUCAGCUGACACGGUGAAAACCCUGCAUGAAAAACAUUGGCAGUUACUUAAAGAAAGCAACAUCAAUCCGGUUCCACCAUUUCCGGAGCCAACACACAAGCGUAAGGUAGUUUGUUACCCAAUACAGAUGGUGAUUCCUUGUCCACGACUUCCACAGGUGGAAAUGCAGACAGAAAACGAGAUUCACAGUCUUAAGUACAAAACAGAAACUCUCAGAAUCAACAGCUCACAUUUUCAUAAACUGGAGCAACUGUAUAGACUGAAUUGUAGGGAUGAUCCGAGAUUUGACCAUUUUCUUGCCAGAGUAUGGUGCUUGUUACGGCGUUAUCAGACUUUGUUUGGGAUCCAUGCCAAUGAAGGAUUUGGUUUACAAGGAGCCCUACCAGUGCCCGUGUUUGAAUGUUUGAAUCGUGUUUUUGGUGUCUCAUUUGAAUGUUUUGCAUCCCCAUUGAAUUGCUACUUCAGACAGUACUGUUCAGCAUUUGAAGAUACAGAUUCCUAUUUUGGUUCUCGUGGAUCAAUUUUGAAAUUCCAUCCAGUGUCUGGGUCAUUUGAAGCCAAUCCGCCAUUUUGUGAGGAACUCAUGGAAGCCAUGGUGGACCAUUUUGAGGGCUUGCUUGGUGAUACCCAGGAACCCUUAUCUUUCAUUGUGUUCAUCCCAGAGUGGAGAGACCCUCCCACUGAGGCUCUCAUGCGUCUAGAAUCCAGCAGAUUUAAGAGAAAACAAGUGAUAUUUCCCCCAUAUGAACAUGAGUACAGGAGUGGGUUUCAACAUGUUUGUCCAAAGACAGACAUGAGUUCCAAGUCAUUACAUGGUACAAUGGUGGUGUUUCUUCAGAACAAUGCUGGCUUUGCCAGAUGGGGACCAACCCCAGAACGAGUCAAGGAACUAUUGUUGUCAUCCAAGCCUCGUGAUACUGUAUAGCAAAAGUGUUCUUAGGUCUCAGAACGAACAUCGACACAGACUUUGUUCCACAGACAGUUAAGGCUGGAAUGUGUGCCGAUAUUCGUAUCUUUGUAUCUGCAGCUGCAGACGUCAAUGUCACUUUCUGUGUGUAGUUGGAUUUCAUGUAUCAAAUUGGAUAGCCUGUGUUGAAAAGUUUCCCACUGUCUGGUUUGCACCAAGUUGAAUUUUCCAUAUACCGGUAGUAAAAUUUCCUGUUUCUGAAGUCAUACCUAGAAUGACAAUGGGUAUCUUCAAUGAGAUGCUUUUGUGUCUUGUUUUAUAAUCGUUCUACAGAUGUGAAAAGAUCAUAUCAUAAGUUUUUCCAUAAGAUUCAUAAACUUCAGUUUUAAGUUAUGUACCUUGUAAGUCAUAAAGUACUUACCAUUUGAGAGAAAAUUGGAAAACCUGGGGGGAAAAAAUGUUGAUUUAAAAUCAAACAGACAUUUCUUGGGAUAUUUACACAGCCAUUCCGAAACAAUGACAAGGUUAAAAAAUGCACAUGUUUGCUCUUUCUGUAUUGUAAGAACAUUCAGAAGUUGAAAAUCAAAAAUAGCAACUGAUGGGGUCAGGUACCCGUCGCUAAAUGUCAAUUUGAAACGGUCAAAAUCGUUUUGCUAGUCGAAGAUGGCAUGUUUCCUGAAAUGAAAAAUUUAAUAGUCUGUAUGUAUUUUUCUAAUCAUGCUUCUUUGAUUUAUACUUUCUAGAUAACAACGUAUAGGUUUUUAAUUAACUGAUUACAAAAAAAGGCAUCUGUUUUACAAGAAAUCUUUCUUUUACGAAGACAGUAGUUUUGUGAACUUGAUGUGGUGAGACACAAGCAUAGGAUCUUGUGGAAUCUCUGCAUUUUGAGAAAUGCAAGUAAGACUAUGUAUAUCAAUUAUAUGCAUGUUAUUUAUUCUUAUAUAACUUUUUUAAAAAGUGUAUGUAGGCAGUAUUGUUUUAUUAGAUUUAUUUUGAAGUCAACUCCCUGGAGUUACAAGUCAACAUCAAUAUCACAUACCGAUGUGAUUUGAUAACAUAAUAAACCAUCAGUUUUCUGGAGUUUUCUUUAUCUGAGCAGCAAGAGAUGGAUCAAUAUGCUUAGAAUUAGGGGUCAAAGAUCUGACACAGAAGUAUUCCACAGUAUUGUUUGUUGGAGAUUUCUUCAUUAUGUCACAUCUGUAGAUACACACAUCAAUGUUCAUCUCAUCAUAUUGAGAAACAUAUCAUUAAAGUGGAUUAUUAGUUACACUCUCAGUGUAUAUGUGGGAAGAAAUGGAAGACUCAGCUAAAUUACAACAUUGUUUGAUAUCUUAGAUAUCCUCUUUUAUUAUUUUGUGUACUGAUACUAAAGUCUUAUUUUCGUGUUUAGAUGUAUGUGUGGAUGGAAAUUGCUACAAAUCUAAGUUUUAAACUGCUGUCUGAUUAUGUUAUGUCCCAGAAGCCUAAAAUUGGCCACCAAUUUACUGCCAGGAUUAGAUCUGGGUGAUUGGCGUAGUAAAUAGUUUUGGUUGUGUACCAAUAGUGUUGAUUAAGAUUUUUAGAUUUAUAUUUGUUACAUAAUAAUGAUGUUAUAGAGAUUUUAAAACAUGCAUUUUGUUUCAUGUUGUCUGUCUAUUUGAUAAUAAUUACUUGCCAAAUUUUUAGAGCAUUUGUCACCAAUAUUUUUUGUUCUUCAAUCUCUAUGUUAGUGGUUCCUGUGUUGAUUUGUUGGAUUAACUAAUAGUAAAUGUACAUAGUGGGUCUGUUUAUCAUCAGGCUGGUGUGGGGCUGAUGGAACUGGGGUAGGGGAAAGGAAGCAAAACUGAUACUUCAAGUAAAACAGUGCUUAAACUGUUAUUAGAAUUGAAAAUAUUGAUAUAUAUUAUGGGAAGGAGGAUGUGACAGAAGCUGAUAGUGCCAAGAUUCGGAUUAAACAGGAUUCAAUGUAGACAGGUUUUCUGGAUGCCUCAGCUUAGAAUAUUUGUGUUCAUUAGUUUUGAUGUCUAGAAGUAGCAGCGUUAGAUAUAUUUCUAGAUUAUGAAUUUCAGAUGGAUCGUGUGGUAUCAUUUACGGUAUUGUAUCAAACCAGAACUGUCUUGAAAACAGUUUUCAAUUUUCAUAUUAUGAAAAAUUGUAUAUUGAAUUUAAAUUUUUAAACUGACAUCUAGUGUUGUUAUUGACAGAUGGACUUCGAUAUUUUCUGUAUGUUAACAUUGACAUGACUGAUUGAUGUCAGGAAGCUUCUAUAAACAUGGCACAAGAAUGGUGGCACUAGAUCAGGUUAUGUUAUCCUCCCAGUCAGAACAAGUUUUCAUCAGGGUUUGUAGCCCUUUAAUAUGGUACCAUGUUGUUCAUUUCAGAUGUUUACUUAUAUCAGUUUUUUCUAUGGACUCCAUCAUAAAUAUCAAAAUACCUUACAAAGACUUGUACAAACUAAACUGAAUUUCUAGCUCUUUGUAGACGCUUGUGUGAACUUGAUCUACCUUUUUUUAAUUAUAGAAUUUAAUAUUUUUAACCCAACUUGAUGCCUAUAGCUUGGGACUGAAAGUGCUCCAUUACAAUUUCUCUGACAAUUUGUAUGUCUGUUUAGAGUGACAUGUAUAAAAGUUUAUUGAUUAAAUAAAGCGGUAAAUAACAUUUGUAUAUAGAACAAUUCUACUUUAGAAUACACAGUCAUAUAUUAUGUAUAUGAAAAUGGUGUUUUAGGAAACAUAUUAAAGUGCAUGUCUGAGAAUACAAAGAGGUACAUGUAGGUUUGCAGGUAUGGAUACAUUCCUGUAUGUAUUUUACUUUUUUGUUUUACUGUAAAUUCAGAUAUUUUGUGAGGCUCAAUUUUUGUGGUUUUCAAAAAAUUACUUGCUCAUGGACACUUGAUUUUAUGGAUAAAAAAGGCUCAGUUAAGCUACAUAAAACAACUGUUCAUGGACAUAUGAAUCUGUGGUUAAGAGAACCCACAAAAUCAAGGAAAAUAAUUUCUCACAAAAAAUGAACGGUUUUACAGUAUCUGACAAUUUUUGUUAUGUAUAUGAGGAUAUAUAGUCAUAUAAACGUUUUUGUUAUUUUUUUGUGAGUGAGGACUGAUAUAUUCACGAUUUAUAUAAAACAGUGCUGAUAUUAGAGGACAAUUAUGUAUAAACAGCGUAAGUGUUUCGAGAAUAAAUAGACAUACUGGAACACUGCCCUCCAAAAAAUCAUUGACACAGGGUUUUGACAUAUUCACACUUAUAUAUUAAAAUUUAAAUUAAUUAUUUUCAAGAAAAUACAAGUGUAAUUUCUUGAAAAUUAUGAAAUUUUCAAGUGCAUGUUAAAAAUGCAUUCAUAACUAAUAUGGAUGGUAGAAGUAACAGGAAGGUGUAAAGCUAGGACCUAUAUUUGAAACUCCUAUAGUCACUUCUUGCUGUGAAAAAAGAUGAAAAACAAGACAAAGACAAAACAAAAAACAACUUUGUAGAAAUGUUGCAUUUGAGGAUUUCUAUUAUUCAAUAAGCCAUAUACAGUUUAGAUAGACUACGAUAAGGAUUUACAAAUUGAAAAAUGCUAAAGUCAGAUUUGAAAUAAGAUUUUCUGUAUUUUGAAAUAUUUCUUAGUCAAAUGUGUUUUUUGAUUUUUGAAGGAAAGUGUUUAUAUCCUUGACGGUUUUGGUCGAGCUUAACUUUAACAGGAUGUACACUUUGAUAAUGCAUAUUUUUACACUUUGAUUUUAAUGCUUUGUAAAGAAGGAGUGUUAUUGGAACAGAAAAUAUUCUUACUUGUAUCAUAUCUCUGUUUUCUGUAUGUCUUUUUUACAGUGAUGCUCAGAUGUCAUUUCGUGUCAUCCAACCUUAACUUAAUUAUAACCAGAUGUCAUGUUAUUGACUUCAUCAUCAACAACACUUCUAUAAUUCACUGUUAUUUUUAGGAUAACCUUUCUUUCAAGCGUAAGUCUCAUAUGGAACACCUGCUCCAAAAUAUUGUACAUUAUUCAGAUUAAAAGGCAGCUUCCUCAUAUACUGGUGUGUUAUCAAUUACGGCAAUUUUGUUGUGUGUUAUAGAUGGUUAAUUAUGGAUUCUAGAUACUUUUCAUGUACAAAGGAAUUCAUUUGAUGUAUACAUAUUGAAUUUUUGGUCUUGCAAUGUUAAUGUGUAAAGGUUUUCUAAAUAUAUGUAAAUGUAUUUUUGUAAAAAAAAAUAUAUAUAUAUAGUGCAUAUACCAUGUGUACCUGUGUACGGAGUUCCUAAACCUAUUGUACACAAUUUGCAAAUUUAUAAAUCCUGAAUGUAUUUAUUAUUACUUUUUUGUAGUCAUAUGUAUAUAAUCAUUACCAAACUACACAAUCAUUACAAUUCUUGUAUAAAAACACUGCUGUUUUUCAUUCAUGUAUUCUAUCUGGUGUGAUCCUGAUAGUGGCCCAGAAGUUGAACCAGGAAGGAGUCCAGCUGAAUCCUUCUUUAUAUUAUUUAUCCUGCAAUAGGCCCAGGGGCCAAAACAUAACUUCUGACUGGGAGUCAGACGGUGGACUUGCCACAGGCCAGUGAUAUAGUAUUUGUUAAAAUUAUUAUGAAACCUUCAAUAAAUGUAGAGGGGCUUAUCAUCUAUUAUGGGCCUAUUGCUGGAUUAAUCUGGUAAGUACUGUGACAUGUUUAAGUCCCAAGUUUUCUAUCCUCACAUUUGUAACCUUGAUAUUAAUGUGCUCCUCCAUGCCGUUAUUGGUACAUUUAUGAUUCGACCAGCUAGUUUGAUGCUGAAACUACCAUAUUUCAUAGCUGUACUGGAAUGAUGCCAUUUUAAAUGACAAUACCUUGUAAUUGCUUUUAAAAAUAGUAUUAAUAAAAUAUCAGUGUAACAUACUCAUUAACUCUUACUAACAAAACAUGGGACUGUAGAUGUACUUUUUUCAUAAAAUUUUCAUUAGAAUGUAAAUAUUACUACAGAUUUGCUGGUUAUCUGAAAAUGUCCUUAUGUGACAGAGGCAAGACAAUGCCCAUUGCUGGGCUAUACCUCCAAACGAAAGGAUAACUGGUACCUUGUAUCAUCUAAAUCAGGGCUAGAAGAAAACCACUGCAGGUAUUUGUCAGCCUGUACUUGAGUUGAAUUUAUCAUAUGGCAUCAGAAACUUCCAGUUCAUUUUUGUCACAGUGUAGAUAAUUAAUGGCCAAUUGUGCAAUUUGAAAAAUUUCAAGAACAAAAAGAGAAAAGCUGAUGUUUUUCUUAGCAUUUAUAUUUUAUCUUUUUAAAUGCAACAAAUUUUGGUAAUUUUAUAUGAUAAAGAAAACCUGUCAUUGUAAGAUACCACAAAAAUAUAGGAAUAUAGCUUGAGACAAGUGAAAAAGUCCGAAAUGUCUGUAAAGUAGUAGUUGUCAACGGGGAAUUUUACACAGAAAUAUUCCCUGAAGGCAUAAGAAAACAUAGCAGAGUUGAUGGUUUCAUUUCAAUACAUUUGCUAGACUGUGGUAAGGAUUUUACACAGAUCUUAUGGAUGUACAUCAGGAUGGAUUUUCAUUGUAGUGUUUGUAUUUAUGACCAGUGUUGAAGUGUACCUUUAGAAUUUGUAUUUAGAAUCUUCAGAACUCUCAUUUCUAAAUGGAAAUCCGUUACUACACAAGAGUAUGCUAGCAUAGCCUGAUGUUCAGUUGCCUGAUUGAAAAGUACAGCUGCACAAACGUUUACUGGCUCAAAUUAACUCUCUUGCCUUUAAAAUGUUUUUUAAAAAAAAUUGUUUUCCCUAACUAGUUAUUGUUGUUACAGAUUUUAACCCUUAGUUUAAUGGCAAAAAAGUUUAAGCAGAAAUCUUUUUAUGUUGUGGGUCAUGGACUUAAGUAUAAAGAAAGACAUGUCUAGUAAAUGCAUGGCACUUAAAGAUUUAUCAUUAUCAUUUUUCAUGGAG